AUGCCUGGAGGUGGUGUUAGAUCUCUCUCUGUUGCGCAAGAUGUCAACCACAUUGAAGCCCCAGUGACCUGGAAGGCCUACCUGAUUUGCGCUUUCGCAUCUUUUGGUGGUAUCUUCUUCGGCUAUGAUUCCGGUUAUAUCAACGGAUGUCUUUCCUCGAUUCCAUUCAUCGGACACAUUGAGGGUGCUGGCGCAGAAGCACUUCAGUCCUCGAAUCAGUCCCUCAUCGUGUCUAUCCUCUCCGCUGGUACCUUCUUUGGCGCAAUUCUUGGUGGUGAUGUAGCUGAAAUGAUCGGUCGCAAAUGGACCGUCAUCAUGGGCUGCUUUAUCUAUAUGAUUGGUGUGGUUAUUCAAAUGAUCACAGGUGCCUCCUCAACUACUAGCGGCAACCUCGCCAUCAUCGUCAUCGGUCGUCUUGUCGCUGGUGUUGGUGUCGGUUUCGAAUCCGCCAUUGUCAUCCUCUACAUGAGCGAGAUUUGCCCAAAGAAGGUUCGAGGUGCAUUGGUUGCAGGUUACCAAUUCUGUAUCACCAUCGGUAUUCUGCUUGCCUCUUGCGUCGUCUACGCCACAAGAAACAACAACACCGACUCUGGAUACAGAAUCCCUAUUGGCAUCCAAUUCGCCUGGGCUAUUAUCCUUGCCGGUGGUCUCUUCUUCCUGCCAGAUUCUCCAAGAUACCACGUCAAGCGAGGAAAUAUUGAGGCUGCCCGAGCAGCACUUUGCCGCCUUCGAGGUCAACCCGCCGAGUCUGAGUACGUUCAGGCUGAGGUUGCUGAGAUCAUUGCCAACGAAGAAUAUGAGCGACAACUGAUUCCAUCAACCAGCUGGUUCGGUGGCUGGGCCAACUGCUUCAAGGGCGGUCUUGGUCACCAGAAGUCCAACCUUCGACGAACCAUCUUGGGUACCUCCCUGCAGAUGAUGCAACAGUGGACUGGUGUCAACUUCAUCUUCUACUACUCGACUCCUUUCUUGCAGUCAACUGGUGCCAUUGACAACCCUUUCUUGAUCUCUCUGAUCUUCACCUUGGUCAACGUCUGUUCGACACCCAUCUCCUUCUACACCGUCGAGAAGUUCGGACGACGAUCCAUUCUCCUCUAUGGUGCCCUCGGCAUGUUGAUCUGUCAGUUCCUUGUUGCUAUUAUCGGUGUUACUGUCGGUUUUAAUCACACCACCUUGAAUGCAGCUGGUAACCCGAUUGCCAACAACAUCUCCGCUGUCAACGCCCAGAUUGCCUUUAUUGCCAUCUUCAUCUUCUUCUUCGCAUCCACCUGGGGUCCAGGUGCCUGGAUCGUCAUCGGCGAGAUCUUCCCUCUUCCCGUUCGAGCUCGUGGUGUUGGUCUCUCAACAGCCUCCAACUGGCUCUGGAACACUAUCAUUGCUGUCAUCACUCCUUACAUGGUCGGUGCGGACCAAGCUAACCUACGAUCGUCCGUCUUCUUCAUCUGGGGUGGUCUCUGCACCUCCGCCCUCGUCUACACUUACUUUCUCGUCCCCGAGACCAAGGGUCUGUCCCUCGAACAGAUCGACAAGAUGAUGGAGGAGUCCACACCACGAACCUCUGCUAAGUGGCGACCAACCAAGACCUUUGCUGAGGCAAUGGGCAAGUCCACUGAUGGCAAGCUUGACGGCGAUCUCAUCGCCGAUGUUGAGCGAAAGGGAUCGAUCUACUAG